AUGCCUGGCCCCGUGGACACCGCAAAGUCCAUCAACAAGCGGAAGAGAAAGCACGGCUCUAAGUCAGAGAGUGAUGUCGCAAAGCCAGUUGAGGCCAAGGCAAGCCCUGCUGUGACGCCGAAGAAGAGUUCCUCGUCGACCCCUAAGCCCAAGGCUUCAGCCGAGAAGUCCACCAAGAAGCGCAAGGUCAGCCCUUCACCAAGCGCCGAUGAGAGCGCCGAUGAGGUCAAGGAUGUCGAGGAGGUCAACGCCGAGGAGGACAGCGAUGUUGAGGAUGUCGAUGCCACCGAUGCCGCAAACGGCGCCGAUCUUCCCACAAUGGACGACGUCCGUCUCCCACAAACUGAGGGCGAGCUGCAGAAGUUCUCCGAGCUUAAACUCUCUGAAAACACAAUGAAGGGUAUCCAGGAUAUGGGCUUCACGACAAUGACCGAGAUUCAGCAGAGGACCAUUCCCGCUUUGCUCGCGGGCAGAGAUGUCCUUGGAGCGGCCAAGACUGGUUCUGGAAAGACAUUGUCCUUCUUGAUCCCCGCAAUUGAGAUGCUGCAGGCUCUGCGCUUUAAGCCCAGAAACGGCACUGGUGUUAUUGUUGUAUCCCCCACCCGUGAAUUGGCUCUCCAGAUCUUCGGUGUCGCUCGUGAACUCAUGACCCACCACUCACAGACUUACGGUAUUGUCAUCGGAGGCGCCAACCGUCGUGCCGAGGCUGAGAAGCUGAUGAAGGGUGUCAACCUGCUCAUCGCAACUCCUGGUCGUCUGCUGGAUCACCUGCAGAACACCCAAGGAUUUAUCUUCAAGAACCUUAAGACCCUGAUCAUCGACGAAGCCGAUCGUAUUCUCGAGGUCGGAUUCGAAGAUGAGAUGCGCCAGAUUGUCAAGAUUCUACCCGCUGAGGAACGUCAAACCAUGCUUUUCUCCGCCACGCAGACCACCAAGGUCGAGGACUUGGCUCGCAUUUCCUUGCGCCCUGGUCCCCUUUACAUCAACGUCGACCACCGAAAGGAGCACAGCACAGUGGCCGGUCUGGAACAAGGCUACGUUCUUUGUGAAGCUGACAAGCGUUUCUUGCUUUUGUUCUCUUUCUUGAAGCGUAACCUGAAGAAGAAGAUUAUUGUCUUCUUUUCCAGCUGCGCCUGCGUUAAAUACCACGCUGAGCUUCUGAACUACAUUGAUCUUCCCGUUCUGCCGCUGCACGGAAAGCAGAAGCAACAAGCCCGUACUAAUACUUUCUUUGAAUUCUGCAACGCCAAGCAAGGUACCCUGAUCUGUACCGAUGUUGCCGCCCGUGGCUUGGAUAUCCCUGCCGUCGACUGGAUUAUCCAAUUCGAUCCUCCUGAUGAUCCCCGUGACUACAUUCACCGUGUCGGACGUACCGCCCGUGGUGCUGACGGCAAGGGUCGCAGUCUGAUGUUCCUCCAACCCUCCGAGGUCGGCUUCUUGAAGCACCUGAAGGAGGCUCGUGUGCCCGUGGUUGAGUUUGAGUUCCCAGCUUCCAAGAUUGUCAACGUGCAGUCCCAGCUGGAGAAGCUCAUUGGCCAGAACUACUACCUCAACAAGUCCGCCAAGGAUGGAUACCGUUCCUACCUCCAAGCAUACGCCUCGCACUCUCUCCGCACUGUCUUCGAUGUGAACAAGCUCGACCUCGUCAAGGUUGCGAAGGGCUUUGGUUUCAAUGCCCCUCCCCGCAUUGACAUCCAACUCGGUGCCAGCUUGAGCCGUGACAAGAAGCAGGAGCAGCAGGGACGCCGUACAUACGGCAGUCAGCCCAAGAACGGUGGUGGGCUGAAGUUCAAGCGCAAGCACGAUAACUGA